CCCCCCUCUACUUGCUCCAACCAUGGCCGGCGGCUCCGCAGCUCCCGCCUCCUCCGCGCCCGCGCCGCAAGAGUUCGAGGAGAAGAAGGACAGCACGUCGGCCGUCAAGUCCUUCCUCUCCGGCGGCUUUGGCGGCGUCUCGGCCGUGCUCGUCGGCCACCCCUUCGACCUGACCAAGACGCGUCUGCAGACGGCCGCCGCAGGCACCUACACCGGCGGUCUCGAUGUCGUGCGCAAGACGAUCAAGGCCGACGGCCUCAAGGGCAUGUACCGCGGCAUGGGGCCGCCGCUCGUGGGCGUGACGCCCAUCUUUGCCAUCAGCUUCUGGAGCUACGACCUCGGCAAGAAGCUCAUCUACUCGGCCACGCCCAACCGCACCGACCCGCACCUCAGCCUCGCCGAGCUGGCCUUUGCCGGCUUCUUCUCCGCCGUGCCCACGACGCUCGUGGCCGGCCCGGCGGAGCGCGUCAAGGUGCUGCUGCAGCUGCAAGGCCAAGGCGGCUCGGGCCCGACGUACAACGGCCCCGUCGACGUCGUGAAGCAGCUGUACAAGGAGGGCGGCCUCAAGUCCGUCUUCCGCGGCACGGCGGCGACGCUGGCGCGCGACGGUCCUGGUUCUGCUGCCUACUUCUGCGCAUACGAGACGAUCAAGCGCGGCCUGACGCCCGCCGGUGCCGACCCCAAGGACCUGAACCUGCUCAACGUGCUCACUGCCGGCGGUCUGGCCGGCAUGUCCAUGUGGCUCGUGGCCAUUCCGCCAGACGUCGUCAAGUCGCGCUACCAGGGUGCGCCGCACGGAACGUACUCGAGCUUCAUCGACUGCGCGCGCAAGACGAUUGCCGCCGACGGCGCAAAGGCGCUGUUCAAGGGUGCCGGACCGGCCAUGCUGCGUGCUUUCCCCGCCAACGCUGCCACUUUCCUCGGCGUGGAGGUGUCGCUCAAGGCGAUGAACAACCUCUUCUGAGGCACUCCGCCAGUCUUGAAGGGAGACCUCGGCGAGGCGGAAGAGGCGCGCAUAGGGGCGGAGAAGGUGGGAGGCUGGCGGGGCCUGCAACGUGCGAAGGGCAGAGUCCACGAGGCGGAGACUACGAGGCGGGAGAGGGCAUGCAGGCAAUCGAGAUGACACU